AUGUAUCACAGAACCUCCGGAGACCUCAUAGUGCCCGACCUCAACGACCAGGAGGUCUGCAUCCAGUUGCAGAUCCGUUACACCUGUGGUCACUCGGCAGGCGGCGAGUUCAUCAAGUGUCAACGACAUAUGAAGAAGGAGGAUGAACGCUGCAUUGGUCGUCAAAUCAAACACAUCGAUGUCAAGAACUCGCCACACAAGUGUCGCCUAUGUCUGCGAAGUGAAUGA